CGCUGGGGCGGGGUGAGCCCGGCAUGGCGGCGCACGGUCCGGCGUGAGUUUCCGAUCACGCAACGCUCAAUAAAAAAAAAAAAAAAAACCCUCCGGUGUCCGUCCGCACCGCCAUGAAACCCGCUCGUAAAGCACCAGCGAGGUCGACGUCGUCCGUGUCAUGGCGUCUCUUCACACUUUUAAAAAACCCCCGGACCAAGACACCCACUCGCGUCGUGCGUGAGGCCGGUGAUGCUGCGCUGUCAAGCGGCUAGCAUCGACUGUAGCUGCGCCUUCGGGCUAGCCGCUGUUAGCAUCUGCUAGCUUGAUUUUUUUUGUUUUUUUUUUACGACAUAAACAAGCGAUGACACUCGUGGGGGAUAUACACGCGGGAUUCAAGAUGAAAUAAUUCGCGGAUCUCCACGAAGCCGAUUUAAGUUGAAAACUCUUCGUGCGGACAUCGCAGGUGCUUUGAGGUGAGCUAACAUCAGCUAGCUCAACGUAAUGAUCAUCAGGUGGAUGCUAAUGCUUCAUAACAAAGCUCUGCUGUCUGACAUUCGUACUGGACACAAGGAUUAAUAGCAGAAAUAUUAACAGCUUUGUGCGACCAUGGAUCCGACCUGCAGCGCCUCGGCAGCUCCAGCUGGUCUGACCGUGCAGGUGUGUUUUCCUGGCGCUCGCGCUGCCGUUUUGGACAAUCUGAACCGUCAGCGGGAGGAGGGCAGGCUGUGCGACCUCUCCAUCCAGGUGCAGGGCCAGGUGUUCAGGGCUCACCGCUGUGUGCUCGCUGCCUCAUCGCCUUACUUCCACGACCAGGUGUUACUGAAGAAUGUCACAACAGUUUCUCUGCCCUCGGUUAUGGACCCGGUAGCUUUUGAGAGUGUCUUGAGCUCCGCUUACACCGGCCAGCUGAGCAUCGUGCAUGACGAUAUUGUCAACUACGUCACCGUGGCCAGUUUCCUUCAGAUGUGGCACAUUGUGGACAAAUGCACUGAGAUCUUGAAGAGGCCCCGGGUUCCAGUAGAAGUCCCCUCUGGAGAGGCCGCUGCAGCUCACCAGGGCACCGCAUCACGACAGCAAUCCCCCAGCAGCACCGACUGCUUGAAUUUGGAGAGGGAGGGAAGAAGGAGGGAGAGGAAGCCUGACGCUCUGCCCCCCUUAGCUACCUGGAGACGUCCGCAGCAGUUUCCUAGAUGGGGGCGUCCGCGGCCCUCAUCAGCCCAGCACUUAGCUGACACUCAACUCGACACGUUCCCCAGCUACACGGAGAGUGAUUACACCAGCUGCGAGGAGGCAUGGGUGUCAAGCCACGUAAAAUCCAGCCACUUUGCACAUGAUGGUCCUGGACACAGCAGCCGGCAUCACGGGGGGUUUGCCAGUGGAGAGACAUUAAAGCAGAAAGUCAGGUUUCAACAGCGGGGAGCGACGCCGAGUGCUGAUCGGCUGCUUGAUAGGAGCAGAGGAAGCGGAGAUGGUGAUCAGAACCAAGAGAAGAGAAAGAAUGAGAAGAGAGAGAUUGAGGCAGAUGAAGGAAUAGGUGACAAUGCUUCAGAGAAAGAGAGCUUCGCACAAAUGGGACAUUGUGCUGACCUGCACCAAGUUUCAAAUGAGAACGCAGAAGCCGCACAAGCCACAGGAAAGACUAGCGCGGACGUGAUGAAGGAAAAAGUGCAAAGAGAUUUGGUGGGAAGUGAUCACUCCUCCAACCUGCCCAGUGUUCAUGCUUACCAAUCAGGUGAUAGAGAUCUGGGCCCGUCCUGUCCGGAUUCAGCCCGGCAGCAGUGGCAGCCGGGUCCCUGGUCUCAUCAAGAGCACAGGCCUCAGGAAGGAGAGGCCGGCAGCUGCAGCAAGGAUGAGGAUGAGGACGAGGAGGAGGAGGAUGUGGAUUUUGAAUGUUUCACUGAAGGGACCUUUAACAGAGACACGUACGAUGAGAUUGAGGAUGGCACGGGACAGGUUUCCCAGAGGCCUUUGGUGCCUGCGUCUCCAGACUUCACCACGGCAGCCUCCGAGGGGCACUGGCCCUCCACCAGCGUGGGACAAAGUGGAUCAUUGACCUCCACCUCCAGUCGCCACUUGUCCCCAUCCUCUGCCGCUUUCCCUCCGCCCCCCUCACCCCCAACCCCCUCUUCAUCAUCCUCCGUCUCACUCGCCGGCGCCCCCUACACAGGAAAAGUCCACUUCUGCCACUGUGGCAAGGCCUACACUCUGAAGAGUAUGCGUGACCGGCACGUGAAGAUGCAGCACCUCAAUCUCCGGCCUUUUGGCUGUCCUGUUUGCACAAAGUCCUUCAAGAUGAAGCACCAUCUGACCAAGCACCUUAAGACCCACGGAGGGCUGCGGCCCUACGAGUGCGGCCUGUGUGGGAAGAAAGUAAUUUGGAGAGACAGCUUCCUCAGGCAUCAGGCUCGAUGCGAAAGACUUGCCUCCAGCUCCUCUGCGAACAGCCACAAUGCGAGCACAACUGCGGCAGAUAUGGAUGACAGCUACGGUUAUGGAUUUGACGAGGGUGAAGCUUUUCUCGUGACAGGAGGACAGGUGAAGGUGGAGGAGGUGGAUUUUCACGGGGGGAUGGAGGGCGGAGGGAUGGGUGGGCUGCUUGGCAGCGUGUCUGGGAUUGUGGAUGAGCUCAGAACUCAAACGCAAAAUCUGGACACUGGUCACGUUUUUAAAGAGGAGGCGAGUGAGAGCUUUGGCGGAAACUAAAUAUUAAUGUGAAACAGGUUUGUGGCACCUGAACUGUAUGUAGAUAAAUACAUAUAAGACGGACAAUGCAUCACAUGAUCACUUUGAAAGUCUACGGACACGAAUCAUUGAGGGUUUCUUUGAGAAGCUGCUUUAUUCGUUUUUUAUGUGCAUACAUUUCAUGUAAUGGGUAAAAGCUUCAUUUGUGCAGUGUCAUGUAAACUCAGUUCUUGUUUUGUGAUGCUGUAAACUGUACAUCUUAAACAAGCCAUCCUGUGAAUGUACUCCAAUAAAUUUAAAGCAACACUCUAUAACCUGUACUUAGCAACAGCGCCCUCUAAAGCCACCUGUUAAUUAUUUCUGUUGGGAUCCGUGUCCGAGCGAUUACGUGGAUUUCAUCAAGAGAAGAAACCACUGAAACAAACCCACCGAACUCUUUAGAUUUCACGGCUGAAUAUUGGAGAUAAACUCCAGUUCAGCUUUACUCUUCAACUUGCUGGAAAUGAUUCUGACAGAUGAAGCUGAGACUCUCAGUCAGUUCCAGACUUCUCACAGGAAAUCGAACCCACUCACCAAAGCUCCAGACGUUCAGACUGAGUGGGAAUGAAAGAGGCACUUUAAACUACAAACGUUGCAUAGUGUUGCUUUAAUUUGCAUUUUGCACAUCGUUUUUUAAAUAAAUCUGUACACAUGGGUCAAUCUUGAUAUAUAAGUUAAUAAAGUUUGGAUGUUAGAUUGUUGAAUGCUGUGACUCGUUCUAUAAAACCCCCCUCGCUUCACAUGAACAGAUCCUAAGUGAGAUAGGAGGGAAAAUAUUAGAUGUUUGAUGAUAAUGAAAAUGAAAUGAAA